UUGUCUCCAGUUUUAACCAGUGAAGUUCACAGUGUUCGUGCAGGAAGGCAUCUUGCUACCAAAUUGAAUAUUUUAGUACAGCAACAUUUCGAUUUGGCUUCAACUACUAUUACAAAUAUUCCAAUGAAGAACUCAGACCAGUCUUCAAUGCUGAAGGAAGCUUUCCCUGGUGAUACCCACUUAGGUGGCAGCAGUAGAGAUGGCCCAUUUAAAGAAACAAUAACAUUAAAAUGGUGUACACCAAGGACAAAUAACAUUGAAUUACACUAUUGUACUGGAGCUUACCGAAUUUCACCUGUAGAUGUAAAUAGUAGACCUUCUUCCUGCCUUACUAAUUUUCUUCUAAAUGGUCGUUCUGUUUUACUGGAACAACCACGAAAGUCAGGUUCCAAAGUCAUUAGUCAUAUGCUUAGUAGCCAUGGUGGAGAGAUUUUUUUGCAUGUCCUCAGCAGUUCUCGAUCCAUUCUAGAAGACCCACCUUCAAUUAGUGAAGGAUGUGGAGGAAGAGUUACAGACUACCGGAUUACAGAUUUUGGUGAAUUUAUGAGGGAAAACAGAUUAACUCCUUUUCUAGACCCCAGAUGUAAAAUCGAUGGAAGUCUUGAGAUCCCUUUGGAAAGAGCGAAAGAUCAGUUAGAAAAACACACCCGUUACUGGCCUAUGAUUAUUUCACAAACCACGAUUUUCAACAUGCAAGCAGUAGUUCCAUUAGCCAGUGUUAUUGUGAAAGAAUCUUUGACAGAAGAAGAUGUGUUAAACUGUCAGAAAACAAUAUACAACUUAGUUGAUAUGGAAAGAAAAAAUGAUCCUUUACCUAUUUCCACAGUUGGUACAAGAGGAAAGGGCCCUAAAAGAGAUGAACAGUACCGCAUUAUGUGGAAUGAAUUAGAAACCCUUGUCAGAGCCCAUAUCAACAAUUCAGAGAAGCAUCAAAGAGUCUUGGAAUGUCUGAUGGCAUGUAGGAGCAAACCCCCAGAAGAAGAAGAACGAAAGAAGCGAGGAAGAAAGAGGGAGGACAAAGAGGACAAGUCAGAGAAAGCAGUGAAAGAUUAUGAACAGGAAAAAUCGUGGCAAGAUUCAGAGAGAUUAAAAGGAAUCUUAGAACGUGGAAAAGAAGAGUUGGCUGAAGCUGAGAUCAUAAAAGAUUCACCUGAUUCCCCAGAACCUCCAAACAAAAAGCCCCUUGUUGAAAUAGAUGAAACUCCACAAGUGGAAAAAUCAAAAGGGCCAGUGUCCUUAUUAUCCUUGUGGAGUAAUAGAAUCAAUACCGCGAAUUCCAGAAAACAUCAGGAGUUUGCUGGACGUUUGAACUCUGUUAAUAACAGAGCUGAGUUAUAUCAACAUCUUAAAGAGGAAAAUGGGAUGGACACAACAGAAAAUGGAAAAGCCAGCCGUCAGUGAAGAGUACUUGAGGAUCUAAAUUUAGUAUAUUGCAUAAAUAUUUUGGGUGGAAUUUGAUAAAGUACUUUUACAGCAAAAUUGUAUAGUUAUGUUGGACUGGUUUUUACAUUUUUAAAAUAUUUCAACUAUCUUUUUUGUACUAAUUGUAAAAUUGGCACAUAAAUCAAAAAUAUACAUUUGAGAUUUGUCCUCCCUAAUCACACAAGUUUAUUUUAUGGUAAAAGGUGUUCUCUCUGGAAAUGUUUUUUUAAAAAAUUCUUAGGCUUCUCUUUGCCAAAUAAAACUAUUAAAAUAUCUGAAAUGCAAAAUAUUGGAGUAUUACUUUAGGAAAAAAGGUAUUUAUUCAUUUAAUGACUGACAACAACCUUUAGAAAUUUUUUAAAAAUUUCAUCAUAGUUUAGGUGAGAUUUGCAAUACUUAAUAUAAAAACCUUGCCUGUUAAUCUGCAUCAUAUAUAGUGCUUUUCCAAAAAGAAAUGUCGUUGUGCUUGUUUAUUUUACUUUAAAUUAUUUUGACCGUGUGUUAUCUAUUUAAAAGCAGAGUUUUCAGGUAGUUGGUGUAAAUUUAUAUUUACUAGUA